AUGCACUCUUUCUAGCUUCAAAAAAAGUAUGAUGCUCGCUAUACAACGGAUGGAAGCACAUCUAGGCCCUACAUCAAGGUUGUACCUUAGUUUCAUGCGCAAGGUGUGCAAGAGGAUAGAUGCAAUGGAAGAAGAUACGUUUAUGGUUGCAGCUGCCGUCCUUGAUCCAUAUACACAUUAUAGCCUCAACCUUUGCAACCAUACAAAUUAUGCUACUGCACUAACAGAUGCGAUAGCGAAGAUAUUAGAUCCAAAGAGUGCUCUUUCAGCCAUUGAUGAAGUUAGUAAGUUUAGGGAGUGCCAAGGAAGGUUUGGGACCAGAUUAGCACAAGAAGCUGCGGCGAGAAUGGAGCCAACCCAGUGGUGGUUUCAAUUUGGAGGGGAUGUUCCUGCAUUGCAGAAGUGCGCAAUGAGAAUUUGCUCACAAUGUGUCUCAUCUAGUGGGUGUGAGAGGAACUGGAGCGCCUUUGCUUUGGUGCACACAAAGCCAAGAAAUCGCCUUUUAUAUGACAAGCUCCACAAGCUAGUUUCUGUCCGCUACAACCUAAAGAUACGAGCUGAAGAAGAUCAAGAGAAAGAGAGAGAUAUAGAUAAAGAGGUUGAUCCAAGUGCACUGCUGAUAGAUACAACAAUGUUCGAUGAGACAAAUCCAAUAAUGGAGUGGCUGAAUGAGGAUGAAGAGGAUCCAAUUUUGGAUGGAGCCGAUGCGGCCAGUGCUGUUUUUGAGAAAAUAAGGCGCCUCAACUCAAGCAGGAAGGAUUCUUAUGUUGGUACAAAGGCUAAUAAGAAGAAAAGAAAGAGGAAUCAUGAUGAGGAGAAUGAGUAUGUCGAAACUGACAGUGAGGAUGACGACAACGAGAAUGAAUAUGUUGAUAAUGAGAGUGAGGAUGAUGAUGGGGUGAGUGAGGAUGAUGAGGAUGAUCAACAAGAUCAGCAAGAAACACAAAUGCAAGUGGAAGAAGAGACACAAGUACAAGUUGAAAAGGAGACACAAGCAAGCAUUGGCAAUUUGGAGACUCGUAGAUCUGGACGACUUGUUAGGAAGAAGACCAAGGAAGUCAACAGCCUCUACUCGUAGAUUUGCUGGAGCUUGGAGCAUGAUGCUAGUUGGAGGCUUGGAGCAUGGAAGCUGGAGCUUUUUCAAUGGAACAAGACCUCCCCGUCCAUGCUUUCAUGGAUUUCUUUUGGAGUUGUUGUUCGUUGUG